CUGUGCUUUGGGGGUGGAGCCACUCGCUGAGGCUGCUGCCCUUCCCGGAAGGAAAGAAGAAAGGACCCAUGGGCUUGGGAUUGGCAAUGAGAAAGGAGGGUGAUUGGAGACAGUACCUACAGCUCUAGGGACCCAGAACCUCAGCAUCCAGUGCCUAGAGCAGUCUGCCCAGCCCCAGGUCAACAGAGAAUCACAGACUCUAGGAGAUUCUUGCCAUUCACUCCAGCUGCAGACACUGCUCCUCUGAGACAUGUGGCUUUGGCGCAUGAAGCCAUGGAUCCUCGGACCUAGAGGGGUAAAAUGGAAGGGAGGACUCUACUGGGCCUCUCUGAGGCCAGUCAGUGGCUGCAGGGCCCUGCUGGUGACAGCGACAGCCUUGGUCAACCACUGGACACAGCUGUUUGAGGAGAGAGGCGUUCCGGAAGCCCGGGAAUCCAGCGAGUACAUCGUGGCUCAUGUGCUUGGAGCCAAAACAUUUCAGAGCCUGCCGGCCAGCCAAAGAUCCACCCCCAUCACCAAGCUUCAGCAGGAGCAGAUUGGAGAGCUGUGCGCUCGGAGGCUUCAGAGGAUGCCCGUGCAAUAUGUCAUUGGUGAAUGGGAUUUCCAGGGCCUCACCCUCAAGAUGGCACCGCCAGUCUUCAUCCCUCGGCCUGAAACUGAGGAACUGGUCAACUUAGUACUUCAUGAGGAAUCUCAGAGGUGGCAAGAACCCAGAGGAAAGGGGACUCUAGGUCACCAGCCCCGCUCCUACCCACUCAUCUUGGAUGUGUGCUGUGGCUCCGGGGCUAUCGCCCUCAGCCUCCUGAGCAGACUGACCCAGAGCCGUGUGGUUGCAGUGGACAAAGGAGAAGAGGCCGUACGGCUCACCAGAGAGAAUGCUCAGAGGCUCCACUUAGAAAAUAGGAUCCAGAUUGUCCACCAUGAUGUCACUGCUGGAGUGAACAGGGAACAGCUACUUGUAUGGGGGCCGGUAGACUUUUUGGUCAGCAACCCCCCAUACAUCUUCCAUCGGGACAUGGAACAGCUGGCCCCAGAGAUCCUCAGCUAUGAAGACACAGACAGUUUGGAUGGAGGAGAGGACGGCAUGAGGGUGAUAACAGAGAUCCUGUCACAGGCGCCCGUGCUUCUCAAAGACUCGGGAAGCAUAUUCCUAGAAGUUGACCCUCGGCAUCCAGAGCUAGUUGGGAAGUGGUUACAAAGCUGCCCUGACCUGGGUCUCUCAAUCUCAGCUACACAUGUCGACUUCUGUGGCAAGCCCCGGUUCCUCCAUAUUCGCAAGUCAAGAGGUUCCGGUAGUUAGCAGCACCCAGAACAUACCAAAUCUCCAGUUCAUGGGAGCCUCCAGCAGCUCCAUCUUUCUAGCGCACUGAUAACACAGCACAAGGCAAGAUUGUCCUCCCAGGAUUGGGGGCCUAGACUCCAGGAACAUGGGGCGAGAUUGGGGGUCAGGGAGAUCCAUCCCGCCUCUUACUACCAAGAUUCUGGGGGUCAGGAUAGACUGUGGAGGAGGGUCUGGGAUGGGUGUCUGGUCACUGGUGAUUGGGGGUGGGGGAGGUAUUCUCCUGCAUGGAGUAUUCCUUAUAGACCUAAAAGAAGACUUACUACCUCCUCUCCCUACCCGCCUAUGCCAUCUCACCACAACUACCCCAUACCAGUCAAUAUGUAGAAAAACAAUUGUCCUGAUCAGAAACAAAUAGGGAUAGACAAAAGUGACUUCCAUUGGUCUAUUUUGUCCACCGGUGGAUUUGGAGCCAAAGGAUCCAGAUUCAAGUCUGUGACCAACUUUGCCACUACCACCAGUGGGAUGGAUGAGCCUCAGUUUCCUCUCCCAUUGAAAUGAGGAUAAUAAUAUUUGCAUUCCCUUCACGGGGUUGUUAGAAUCAAAUGAGAUCAUGUACAUAGAUCUCAUUUUUUGUAAAAAAAUGUUUUGUAAACUCAAAGAGUUUAAUGUUAAAUAAAUGUGAGCUGUCGUUAUUA